UUGAGCAAGUAAGAGAUGGAAGAGAAGCAAAGGCACUUUGUAUUAGUCCAUGGAGCCUGCCAUGGAGCAUGGUGUUGGUAUAAGUUAAUCACUCUUCUAAAAUCAGCUGGUCACAAAGUUACAGCUCUCGACCUUGCUGCUUCCGGUGUCCAUCCAAAGCAGGUGCAUGAACUCCGAUCAAUAUCAGACUAUUGUGAGCCGUUGACGAAAUUUAUGAUGUCUCUGCCGGCAGAAGAAAGAGUGAUUCUAGUUGGCCACAGUUUUGGUGGACUCGGCAUAUCAAUUGCUAUGGAAAAGUUCCCUGAGAAAAUUUCUGCUGGAGUCUUUGCUGCUGCAAUCAUGCCAGGUCCUGAUUUCACUUACACAACUGUAAAAGAAGAGCUUGCUAGAAGGAUGGAUCGCAAUGUGGACACACAGUAUACAUACGAUGAUGGUCCCAACAAUCCUCCAACCUCCAGUCUUUUUGGACCCAUUGGUAUGUCAACCAUGGUGUACCAACUCUCACCACCUGAGGAUUUAAUGCUUGGAAUGAUGUUGAUAAGACCUGAUCGUCUCCUUAGCGAUGCAGCAGUACAAAUAGAAGCAGAGCUUACCAAGGAAAGGCAUGGAACGGUUCCACGAAUUUAUAUUGUGUGUGGCCAAGAUAAAACUCUAAAGCUAGAUUUGCAGAGGUGGAUGAUCCAACAAAAUCCACCUGAUGAAGUAAAGCUUAUAUCUGAUUCUGAUCACAUGGUCAUGUUUUCAAAAGCGCAAGAACUCUGUUGUUGCCUCCAAGAGAUUGCAAACAAAUACUUUUGAAUAUAUUCCAUGCAUUUGUUGGGCAAAAUUAUUCAGUGUAAUUGCUAUGUUUGCUAUAUAUUUAAUGAUUAUAAAUUAACCAUUAAUUGUGGUGAAAUUUAUAUGGAUUUAUCAUAAUUAAUGAUUGUAAUAAAAUCGUUAUACUAUAUUGAAAGAUGUGAAAUACGAGUAUAAACUACAUCUUUAAAUCA